UUGCUUGUCUCCAUUAGAGAUGCAGUGAAGUAUUUAAUGGGCUUGCCAGGGGCAAGCGGGUAUGGAUCCAAAUCCACAGGGGAGGAAGUAACAGAGGGAGUUUCUCUCUCUUGUAAUCUAACUGCUAUAAUCACUGGGGCUACGUCAGGGAUUGGAGCAGAGACAGCAAGAGUGUUAGCAAAGAGAGGAGUAAAGUUGGUAAUCCCCGCAAGAGAUAUAAAGAGGGCAGUAGAGGUGAAGAAGAUAAUACUGAGAGAGAGCCCACAAGCUGAGAUCAUUAUAAUGGAAAUGGAUCUCUCUUCAUUUGAUUCUAUUCAAACCUUUUGUUCUAACUUUAUCUCCCUUGGCUUGCCACUCAAUAUCCUCAUAAACAAUGCUGGAAAGUAUAAUCAGAGGUUAGAUCUUUCUGGUGACAAAUUCGAGAUGACUUUUGCAACAAAUUACUUGGGUCACUAUUUGCUGACAGAACUCUUGCUCGAAAAAAUGGUUCAGACAGCAUCAACGACUGGAAUCGAAGGUCGUAUAAUCAACCUAUCCUCAGUGGUUCACAGUUGGGUGGGAAGAGGAGGGUUUCAAUUUUGCAACAUGCUCAAUCCUAAAGAGUAUAAUGGAACGCUCGUUUAUGCACAGUCGAAGCUGGCAAAUAUACUGCAUGCCAAAGAGAUUGCGAGGCAGUUAAGAGAAAGAAAAGUAAAGGUCACAGCAAACGCUGUCCAUCCAGGAAUUGUAAAUACUGGAAUAAUUAGAGACUAUAAAGGCUUAAUUACAGAUUUAACGUUUUUUCUCGUGUCAAGACUACUCAAAUCUAUACCUCAGGGGGCAUCUACUACGUGUUAUGCUGCUUUAAGCUCCCAAAUGAUUGGAGUGUCAGGAAGAUAUCUUGCUGACUGUAACGACAGGAUAUGCUCAAAUCUAGCAGAGGAUGAGAAAGAGGCACAAAAGCUUUGGGAAGAAACACAUGCAUUGAUUCAGAAAAGACUAGUAAGCCAAUCAUAUUGUGCAUAGCGUAUAUAUACACAUAUAUGAAUGUGUAAAAUAGCUUUGGAGUUCUGUGGAUAACAUGUAUGUAUGUACAGCUAUGAAAUGCUUAGAUUUUGUGACGUAGUUUCCUACUUUCU